GUAUUCUCCGCGUUACACAAGGUGUUUCGUAAAAAUUUUAUUUACGAAACUUAUUUUGUGUAAUAAAGGCGUUGACUACCUCACUUCACUGCAGCAAGUGCAUCAUUUUCACCUCCACACAGGGAUACGGUUGCAGUAAUGUGGGGCUCAGCUCUGCUGCUCCUCCUGGUGACACUCUGGCACCGCUCCCUCGCCCAAAACUCUGAGCCCAUGCUUCAGGUUGUAACACAGACCAUGUUUCCCCCUGACAACCUGCAUAAUCCCACACAACUCAACUAUGGGAUGGCUGUGACAGAUGUAGAUGGUGAUGGUGACCUGGAAGUGGUGGUGGCAGGGUACAACGGGCCUAACCUGGUGCUGAAGUAUGACAGGACACAAAACAGGCUGGUAAACAUUGCUAUUGAUGACAGUAACUCUCCUUACUAUGCUCUGAGGGACCGGGCAGGGAAUGCUAUUGGAGUUACUGCCUGUGAUGUGGAUGGAGAUGGACGAGAGGAGAUCUAUUUCCUCAAUACAAACAAUGCCUAUUCUGGACGAGCAACAUAUACAGACAAGCUUUUCAAGUUUCGUAAUGGUCGCUUUGAAGAUCUGCUCAGUGAUGAGCUCAAUGUGCGUCGUGGCGUUGCUAAUCAAAUGGCGGGACGCUCAGUUGCAUGUGUUGAUAGAAAGGGAACAGGCCGUUACUCAGUCUACGUAGCAAACUACGCCAGUGGGAAUGUCGGCCCCCAUGCUAUCAUAGAAAUGGAUGAGGCUGCCAGUGAUGUGGCCAAGGGCAUCAUCGCGCUGUCUGAUGUAGCUGCUGAGGUCGGCGUCAACAGGCACACAGGUGGUCGCGGUGUGGUCGUUGGACCGAUCCUGAGCGAGUCCAUGUCUGACGUGUUCUGUGACAACGAGAAUGGACCCAACUUCCUGUUCAAGAACAAUGGAGAUGGGACUUUUGUUGAUGUGGCAAGACAGGCAGGUGUGGAGGACCAAUACCAGCAUGGCAGAGGAGUAGCACUAGCUGACUUCAAUGGUGACGGAAAGACAGACAUCGUUUAUGGCAACUGGAACGGCCCGCACAGACUUUUCCUGCAGCGCAGCAACUCCAGAUUCCAGAAUAUCGCUACUGGCAGAUUUGCUGACCCCUCACCUAUUCGCACCGUCAUUGCUGCUGAUUUUGAUAAUGACAAGGAGUUGGAGGUGUUCUUUAAUAAUAUUGCCUACAGAGGAAACGCUCCCAAUAGGCUGUUCAGGGUGUCAAGAAGAACUAAUGCAGACCCUUUGAUCCAGGAGCUUAAUGUGGGAGAUGCUGAAGAGCCACAGGGGAGAGGAACAGGUGGCACCGUGACUGAUUUGGAUGGAGAUGGACAGCUGGACCUGCUGCUGGCACAUGGGGAGAGCGCCCAGCAGCCAAUCUCUGUCUUUAAGGUCAUGCAGGGCUCAUCCAAUAACUGGCUGCGGGUCAUUCCUCGCACCCAUUUUGGCUCCUUUGCCCGGGGUGCCAAGGUGACAGUCUUCACCAGUGAGAGUGGAGCUCACACACGCAUCAUUGAUGGAGGCUCUGGAUAUCUGUGUGAGAUGGAGCCAGUUGCCCACUUUGGCUUAGGAAAUGAUGAGGCGAAGGUGCUGGAGGUCUUCUGGCCAGAUGGCAGUACAUUCACUCGUGCUCUUCAGGCUGGUGAAAUGAACUCAGUUUUGGAAGUAGCCUAUCCCAAAGAAGGGGAAACAACUGUGCUGGCCAAUGACACACAGUGUGGUAACGGCUUUACUGUCAGGAAUGGGCGCUGUGCAGGUCUUUGAAGAGAAUCACAUGAAAUACAAUAAAGGAUUGCUGUGGUUACAGAAAUAAUGGCUUUAAAGUGCUUUUCUUUUUAUCCAUGCUUUAUGUGGGCUUGGUUGUUUUUCUUUACUCUGUGAGAAGAUUUUUCUUUCUUUUACUGCUUGAAAUAAAGUUCUUCAUAUCCAUA